GUCUCUGUCUCUGUCUGUCUCUUUUUUUUUUCUUCUCUCUCUCUCUCUCUCUCUCUCUAAAAGUCGAUCAAAAACAAAUUUCUUUUUUUAAUCUCUCUCGAUUUUCUCUCUCUUUAAUUUUCAAUAAUCUCUUUUGUUCUUCUAUAGAUCGAAAGGCGGCUUGCAAAAUCGAACGCGGUGGAUGGAUCUGAGAUUGAAUUAGGUCGGGUAAAAGGGGGAAUCGCGAUCUAAAGGGAAUUAGGGUUUCCGAUUUGCGAUUGGGGAAAUUAGGGUUGGUUGAGGGGGGAUUUUUCUGUAGAUGGUAAAAGGUAGGGUUUUGGGCGGAUCUAGGGCACGGAAUUGUUGAAAGAAAGGGGAGGAAAUUGAAGAGGGGAAAAAUAAGAUAGAAAUAAGGAGGGGGAAUUGAUGGUACUCGAAGGGGAAAAUGCAAGGCUAUGCAUGGGCGGGGAGGAGGUGAGGAGAGGAAAAAGGCACGGCACAUGUGGACAGUCCCUACACGUUCAACGGCUGUUCUGAGUGGUGAUGGUGGUGCUUCUCUCUCUUCUUCUUCUUCUUCAUCUACCGUUAAUUUCUUUUCAAAGGAUGGACGUAAGAUCAGUGUUGGUGACUGUGCUCUCUUCAAACCGCCCGAAGAUUCUCCACCUUUCAUUGGAAUAAUUCGUUGUCUAACUGCUGGGAAAGAAAACAAGUUAAAGUUGUGUGUAAAUUGGCUUUAUCGACCUGCUGAAGUAAAGCUUGGCAAAGGCCUCCUGUUGGAAGCUGCGCCAAACGAAAUCUUUUAUUCCUUCCAUAAGGAUGAGAUUCCUGCUGCAUCUUUACUCCAUCCGUGUAAAGUUGCAUUCCUUCCUAAAGACGUUGAACUUCCAUCAGGGAUUUGCUCAUUUGUGUGCCGGCGAGUUUAUGACAUUACAAACAAGUGUUUAUGGUGGCUAACCGAUCAAGAUUAUAUUAAUGAACUACAAGAAGAAGUAGAUCAGCUGUUGUAUAAGACGCGCUUAGAGAUGCAUGCAACAGUGCAGCAGGGUGGCCGUUCUCCAAAGCCAAUGAAUGGUCCGACGUCAACAUCACAGUUAAAACCUGGUUCAGAUAGCGUACAGAACAGUGCUUCCUCAUUUCCUUCUCAGGGUAAGGGGAAAAAGAGGGAGCGUGGGGAUCAAGGCUUCGAGCCUGUCAAAAGGGAACGUACUAGUAAAAUGGAUGAUGGGGAUUCUGGUCAUGGUAGACCAGAAGUUAAUCUAAAAUCUGAGAUUGCUAAAAUUACUGAAAAGGGGGGACUAGAAGAUUAUGCAGGAGUUGAGAAAUUGGUUCAACUCAUGGUGUCUGAGAGAAAUGAGAAGAAAGUAGAUUUGGUGAGCCGGUCAAUGCUUGCUGGUGUCAUAGCAGCUACAGAUAAGUUUGACUGUCUUAGUCAUUUUGUUCAGCUCAGAGGGUUGCCUGUUUUUGAUGAAUGGCUCCAGGAAGUCCACAAAGGGAAGAUUGGAGAUGGUAGCGGCUGCAAGGAUGAUAGAUCAGUUGAUGAUUUUCUUUUAACCUUACUCCGAGCUCUUGAUAAGCUACCUGUAAAUCUUACAGCUCUGCAGAUGUGUAACAUUGGCAAGUCUGUGAAUCAUUUGCGUACUCAUAAGAAUAUAGAAAUACAGAAGAAAGCAAGGAGUUUAGUUGAUACAUGGAAAAAACGAGUAGAGGCUGAGAUGGAUGCCAAGUGUGGUUCAAAUCAGGGUGUUCCGUGGUCUGCUAGAGCUCGUCUUUCUGAUGUUUCUCACAGUGGAAGCAAGCACUCUGGAUCAUCUGAUGUUGCCAUGAAGAGUUCAGUAACCCAACUUUCUGCCUCUAAAACUGGUUCGGUUAAGCUUGCUCAAGGAGAGAUCACGACCAAGUCUGCUUCUGCAUCACCAGGGCCUGUGAAGGCAGCAACAUCACCUGCCUCAGCCAGUACAAACUUAAAAGAUGGGCAGGCACGAAAUGCUGCUGUUGUUGGCACCUCUGACCCUCAAACUACCACACGGGAUGAAAAAAGCAGCAGUUCUAGUCAGUCCCACAACAAUAGUCAGUCUUGUUCUAGUGAUCUUGGGAAGACUGGGGGAGUUUCUGGAAAGGAGGAUGCAAGAAGUUCUGCAGCUGGUUCAGGAAUAGUGGCUAAGAUCUCAGGUAGUUCUUCACGGCACCGGAAAUCCAUUAAUGGUUUCCCAGGUCCAUCAGGGGCUCAAAGGGAAGCUGGAUCAAGCAAAAAUUCUUCAUUGCAUAGAAAUCCUGCUUCAGAAAAAGUAUCACAGUCUGGUUUAACAUGUGAAAAGUUAACUGAUCCUCCUACAGCUGAGGGUAAUAGUCAUAAGUUCAUUGUUAAGAUCCCAAAUAGAGGUAGAAGUCCUGCACAAAGUGCCAGUGGAGGAUCUCUUGAAGAUCAUCCAGUCAUGAAUAGCAGAGCUUCUUCUCCUGUGCUUUCAGAGAAACAUGAGCAAUUAGAUCGUAACAUGAAGGAGAAAAGUGAGAGUUAUCGGGCAAAUGUUGCCACUGAUGUGAAUACCGAAUCUUGGCAGAGCAAUGACUUCAAAGAUGUGCUGACUGGGUCUGAUGAGGGAGAUGGUUCACCUGCAGCUGUUCAUGAUGAGGAAAACUGUAGGACUGGAGAAGAUGCUAGGAAAACAACUGAAGUUACAAAAACUGCUUCCUCAUCUUCUGGAAAUGAACUUAAAUCAGGGAAACUGCAAGAUGCUUCUUUUAGUUCCAUAAAUGCUCUAAUUGAUAGUUGUGCUAAGUACGCCGAAGCAAAUGAGUGCUUGCCAGUUGGGGAUGAUGCUGGAAUGAAUUUGCUUGCUAGUGUGGCUACUGGAGACUUCUCUAAGUCAGAUGGGGCUUCACCGAUUGAUUCUCCACAAAGAAAUACCCCUCUUGUUGAGCAUUCUUCCACAGGCAAUGAAACUAAAUUAAAACCUUCGGGGGAUGAGGUUGUUCAAAAUCGGAAUCAGUCUGUUGAGGGUGCAGAUGAUGAGCAUCUAAAGCAGGGUGUUGCUGCUAGUAAUUCAUGGCCUAAAAAUGCAGAAAGCAAGACUGGUUCCUCUCUAGAGAAAUUAGGAGAGCUGAAUGAGCAUUUAACUUCAUCUUUGCCGAAGAUUGCAGAUCAAUGUCCGGAAAAUGGUAAAUUAAAGGAAAUUGUGAUGGCUGCUUUAGUCAAUCUGCCCUCUGCAUGCACCGUGGAGAAAACUACUGAUAUUGAUGAUUCCAAAGAGCGUUUGGAUAAAAAGUCUGAUGAAGUGGAUGAUGAUUGCUGUUUGGGGAGCACUUCUGCGGUAAAUGAAGAGGUCAUCGAUGCAGGUGUAAAAGUGGAGAAAGAAGUGGUUGAAGGUUCUUCGUCUGUACCUUCUAUUGAAGUUGAUGCGGAUAAUAACAAGAAAAAUGUCACUGAAGAUUCGGAGAGAAGUUCACAGACUCAUCAGAAGUCAGCGAAUGUUUUUGGGCAUUUCAUCAAAGGAACAGAUAAAGAAGCACUGCCUCCUGGUCCUUCCAGAGAUACAGUUUUGGAACAUGUUGAUGAAGUGAAGGCUGAGAAGGAUGUUGAGACUGAUGCACCGAGUCAUGCCAGUCACAAUGAGAAACAAAAACCUGAGUUGGAAAUUGUUACUGCCCAGAAAGGUGAGCACGUGCAGGAGAACAUAGAAUGUAGUGAGGGUCAUGAAGUACAUGGUAGACCAUCUCCUUGUAAGGCAUCGUCGGAAACAGGACAAACUAAGAAGCCAAGGGGAUCUAAGGUGACUGGUGUAGAAGCAGAUGAAGCAGAAGAAUGCACAUCGAUCACUACAGAUACUCCUGCUACAGGUGUUGCUGAUACAGAUGCUAAAGUAGAAUUCGACUUGAAUGAAGACUUCAAUGCAGAUGAUGGGAAAUUUGUGGAAUCAAAUAAUGUGACAGCUCCUGUCCAAUUAAUUAGCUCAUUGCCUUUCCCUGUUUCUUCCGUGUCUAGCAGCCUUCCUGCUUCUAUUACUAUUGCUGCUGCUGCUAAAGGCCCCUUUGUUCCCCCACAGGACCUGCUGAGGACUAAAGGGGCACUCGGUUGGAAGGGAUCAGCUGCUACAAGUGCGUUUCGGCCAGCUGAACCCAGAAAAAGUCUAGAUAUGCCUCUGGGUACAAACAAUGCUUCCAUUCCUGAUGCCAGUACUGGAAAACAGUGUCGUCCUCCAUUGGAUAUUGAUUUGAAUGUACCUGAUGAGAGAGUCCUUGAGGAUCUUGCUUUUCAAAGUUCUGCCCAGGGCACAAACUCUGCACUAGACCUUUCAAAUAAUCGUGAUUUAAAAUGUGGGUUGGUUGGUCCGGCACCCGUUCGCUCUUCUGGUGGACUUGAUCUUGAUUUGAACAGAGUUGAUGAACCUGCUGAUUUGGGUAAUCACUCAACUGGAAAUAGUCGCAGAAUAGAUGCCCCUAUGCAUCCAAUAAAAUCAUCAGUUGGUAUUCUUAAUGGUGAGGCAAGUUUCCGCAGGGACUUUGAUUUGAACAAUGGACCCACUGUUGAUGAGGCGAGUGCUGAACCAUCACUAUUUAGCCAUCAUAAUAGAAACAGCAAUGUGCUAUCUCAAGCACCAGUUCCCAGCCUGCAGAUAAACAAUGCUGAGAUGGCAAAUUUCUCGUCAUGGUUUCCUACAGGGAAUACAUACUCAGCUGUUACUAUUCCAUCAAUUUUGCCUGAUAGGGAGCAACCUUUUCCAAUUGUUGCAACUGGUGGAACACAAAGGGUGUUGGGUCCCCCUACUGGUGCCACCCCUUUUAAUCCUGAUGUCUAUAGGGCACCUGUGUUGUCAUCUGCACCAGCAGUGCCCUUUCCAUCAACUCCUUUCCAAUAUCCUGUGUUUCCCUUUGGAACUACUUUUCCUCUUCCUUCAACCAGCUUUUCUGGCAGUUCAACAACUUAUGCUGAUUCAUCUUCUGGUGGGAGGUUUUGUUUUCCCCCGGUCCAUUCACAAUUGUUAGGACCUGCUGGCACUGUUCCAUCCCAUUACACAAGGCCCUAUGUUGUUAACCUUCCGGACAGUAGUUAUAAUAGUAGUGCUGAGAGUGGAAGGAAGUGGGGAAGGCACGGUCUAGAUUUAAAUGCAGGGCCUGGAGGCCCAGACAUUGAAGGAAGAGAUGAGACAGCACCUCUUGCAUCUCGGCAUCUGUCUGUUGCCAGUUCUCAGGCCCUGGCAGAGGAACAAGCAAGAAUGUAUCAGGUGCCAGGUGGGGUUUUGAAAAGGAAGGAACCUGAGGGAGGAUGGGAUGGAUACAAGCAAUCUUCAUGGCAGUAGCAUCCUUAGAUGUCACUGUUUAGUGGCCCAUUAAAGCUUUUCUUCAAGGAUGGGCAUUGGCUAACCCCCAGAGGUCUUCUGACCUGUGUUUGCUUAGAGGAUGGGUGGUAAGUGAGCCAUUUGAUGUUUGUUCAUAGUCUCCAACCCCCCACCUUUUCGGCAUAUCGACUGUACCGUAAAAGAAUCUGUUCGGGGUGUAUUCAAGCUUUGUUCCUUGAAUUUGUUCUGGACACAGAUCAUUUUCCCUUUGUAGAUAUUAUAACUGUUGGAAAUCAUGCCCAUAUGUUGCCCAGACAUUAGAAAUUGGUGCCCAUACUGCUUUUUAGUGCAUAUUUUUCUUGACUUUUUUUUUUUCUUUCACCUUUUAAUUUUCUUUUUCUUUUUCUUUUCCAAUUAAAGUGGUCACCGAAUUUUGAUACUGAAGCCUUUUUUCUGAUGUGGCAUGACUUGGUUGCUGUGGUUGAUGAUGUAUUCAUAUAUUUUAUUUAAUUGAUAAACUCUAAUUGUAGUUGAUAUGCUACAGUUUAA